AUGGGUUGCUGGAGGGGAUUGAUUGAAGAGUGUCUUCCUCCAAUCAAGGUGUACAUGGACAACAUGAUGACAAUAACAACAACAAACGCAUGCACCAAACGUCUGUUGGAUAAAAUCCAGGAAAACAUCAAAUGGUUGGGAAUGGAGAUUAAACCCAGCAAGUUCCGCAGCAUCUCCAUUGUCCAAGGCAAGCUUACCAAUGAGAAAGUCCAUGUCAACAACGAGCCAAUACCAACAGUUCUGGAGAAGCCUAUCAAAAGCCUUGGCUGCUGGUAUAGCGCAGACCUCAAAGACUCGAAGCAGGUGGAACAAAUCAGGCAGGAUACCAUCAGUGGCCUCAAGCAGAUCAACAACACUGCUCUCCCUGGGAAGCUGAAGCUGUGA